AUGACUGAGCUCACAGGUAGGGUGUCCCCAAAUUCAAUGGGAGUUGUGACAGCCACUUGUGUCUCCAAAGUGGAGCUACGCGUUUCCUGCAGGAAUUUGCUUGACAGAGACACACUCAACAAAUCUGACCCAUCUGUGUUACUUCUGAUGCAGUCUCAAGGACAUUGGAUGGAGUUCGACCGGACGGAAGUUAUAAAAAGUAAUCUGCAUCCAGUCUUCUCGAAAAUCUUUAAUUUGGAUUAUUAUUUCGAGGAGGUUCAGAAGCUCAGGUUUGAGGUCUAUGACAUUCACGGUCACUGCAGCAUUGGUACCCGUGAUGACGACUUUCUGGGGGGGAUGGAAUGUACCCUGGGACAGAUUGUAGCUCAAAAGAAGAUGACAAAGCCUUUGUUCCUAAAAUAUGGCAAAUAUGCUGGAAAAUCUACAAUUACGAUUAUUGCAGAGGAAAUAACUGGAAACAAUGGAUAUGUGGAACUGGCAUUUUGUGGCAAAAAGCUGGAUGAUAAGGACCUUUUCAGUAAAUCGGAUCCUUUCUUGGAAAUAUAUAGGAUCAACGAUGAUGACUCUGAUCAGCUUGUCUACAGGACAGAGGUUAUCAAGAACAACUUGAAUCCAGUGUGGGACCCCUUUAAAGUGUCCCUGAGCUCACUUUGUAGCUGUGAAGAAAAGAGAAAGCUAAAGUGUUUAAUCUGGGAUUAUGAUUCUCGUGGAAAACAUGACUUCAUCGGGGAGUUUUACACAAACUUUGAAGAAAUGCGGAAAGCGAUGGGAGACAAUAAGGUCAAUUGGGAUUGUAUUAAUCCUAAAUAUAAGGCAAAAAAGAGACAUUAUAAGAACUCAGGGGUUGUCAUGCUGCUGGACUGUAAGUUGCACAGGAUAUAUUCCUUUUUAGAUUACAUAAUGGGCGGAUGCCAGAUUCACUUUACGGUAGCCAUUGACUUCACAGCUUCAAAUGGAGACCCACGGAACAGCUGUUCUUUGCAUUACAUCAAUCCAUACCAGCCCAACGAGUAUCUGAAAGCUCUGAUCUCUGUCGGUGAGAUCUGUCAGGACUAUGACAGCGACAAGAAGUUUUCUGCCUUGGGAUUCGGAGCUAGAAUUCCACCUAAUUACGUGGUUUCGCACAACUUUGCCAUUAACUUCAAUUCUGAAGAUGAUGAAUGUGAAGGAAUACAGGGAGUCGUUCAGUCGUAUCAAAGCUGUCUACCCAAAAUCCAACUCUAUGGGCCAACUAAUGUGUCUCCGAUAAUAGGCAAAGUGGCUAAAGUGGCUGCUGAUGAAGAGAAGACCAAAGAAGCAUCUAAAUACUUCAUCCUGCUGAUUCUGACGGACGGAGUCGUCACUGACAUGGCUGAUACGAGGGAGGCAAUCGUCAGAGCAUCGUACCUUCCAAUGUCCAUCAUCAUUGUCGGGGUGGGGAACGCAGAUUUCACAGACAUGCAGAUACUGGAUGGAGACGAUGGGGUCCUCCGCUCCCCAAAGGGGGAACCUGCCCUCCGAGACAUCGUUCAGUUUGUGCCCUUCCGGGAAUUUAAAAAUGCGUCUCCGGCAGCUUUGGCAAAAUGCGUCUUAGCAGAGGUUCCAAAGCAAGUUGUGGAAUAUUACAGUUACAAGGCUAUUCCUCCAAAAUGCCCAAUACUGGACUCCUCGGGUUCCGCGUGUACCACACCUGAAUAAACUGACUGAGCUGUUCAAGUCUCCAAAG